AAAUAGAUUUUUUUACCAUAAACAUGAUACAUAAUAUGACGAAAUAUUCCCUCUAAUUAAAAGAGCGUGAAUUUGUUUUUGAAUUUUUAAAUGAUCCUGUACAUUAGAGAUAGUUAGACAUUUAACUUAAUUCCUUCAAUAAAUGUAGUUGUCUUGAUUUAAUCUUAAUACUUCCUACCUAUUUCUUAGACCAUCAUUGCAUAGGUUGAAUUUUGUGAUGAUUUAGAACUUAAUUUAAGUAGUAAAAACAUUGUAACAUAAUUUAUAUUCCAAUAUGUAAACCUCCAAUUAAGAAACUCUACCAUCCAAGUUAUUGCAUGCUUAAUCAAAUGUUUUAAAGUAAAUUGACCUGGAUUGCUUCUGCCUUUAAUAUAUAGAAAUUUUUCUCAAACUAUACUUCGAAUUAUUUGGAUAAUCCCUAAUAUAUACUAAAGUUAAUAAAUUGUGAAUGCCACCCAAUCAAGGUCUAUAUUAAAUCAUUAAUUACAAAUAACCUAUUUCCAAAUAUCUUUGUUAAUUUUGAGAGAGUUAAAUUUAUAUCGAUAAUAUAAUUGAAAAAGACUUAUGUUUAAGUUCUAAGCGUUAGUGAAAUUAAAAAAUAUAAAAUUUUGUAUUUUCUGAGAAGGCGGGAAUAUGAUUUUUUGAUUAUUACUUGCAUGGAUUAAAAUCAAUGCAUAUCAAUUAAUCAAGGGAUUACUAGUGAAAUUGUAAUAAUUUAUAAUUAGAAAAGUUCAAUGGAAUUUUAAUUCAACUAUUUUUUAAUUGAUUGAAGUUGAAAAAACAAUGAAUCUGAAAAAUAAUUUUUAAGGAGGAUUUGCAAUUAAUUAAUUUGAUACAUUAAGUUUAUAUAAAUAAGGCAUGACUUAAUUGAUUUAUUA